AUGGUGUCGUUGCGGCUCGCAUUGAGGAAGCUCAAAGGCCCGACCUGCACAGGCGUCGCAAGUGUCGCCGAGGAAUGGCACUCGCUCACGCCCGAACUGGCGUUUGGAGCUCCAAGUGCAGAAGAGCCACCGCGACGGGGCGAGGCAGAGCCAAGUCAAGCCACGGACGAGGGCGUAAAGAGAGCCGGAUCAUCCGCUCCGAUCUUUGCAGCACGCGGUAUGCUUCAGCCUCGUUGCUGGAAGCUCUCGAACGCAUACAACCUAGCUUGCGCACACUUCGAAGCAAAGGUCAAGCCACCCGAAGAAGACCGCUCAACAUCACCGCCCUGCUUCCGUCGGUCCUCGAGGCAAGCUACGACUGAGCGCGCGCUGUCGGUACGGCCCAAGGCUGCGAGCUCUCAGGAGCAACUCGAGCGCUCCUCAGGCGACACCAGCCUGCUCAGGGAGGGUCGCUGGGGCAGCCUGAAGGCAUAUAUACGGACGACUCGUAGCGGACCCUGCAAUCUUUUGAUCAACAUGUCUGCCCAGAACAUCCCCGAAGGCACCUACCGCAUCAGCUUCAUGGACGGCGUCCUGGUCGGCUUGGAGCCCAACAGGCCUCUGCGCGUGCUGCCAGAGGAACACAGCGAGCGCUCGGAGUGGCAAGUCAAGAAGCAUGGCUCUGACGCCUUCGUCAUCGUUCUGAAGAAGAACGAGAAGCUGGGCAUCACCUGGUCCGGAGAUCUUCACUUUGGCACCCCGCUGCUGCUUGCCGAGAACCCGGCUCCCUUCAAGGUCCAGCAGCAGGAACGGGACCGUUUCGACCUCGUCCCCGCCAAGGAUGAACAGCUCGAGGUCGCUCUGUCGCCGGCUAUGAUCUUCCCGCCGAUCUCUAAUGCUCCAGGCUUCGGGGCACGUCAUGCAAGUCGCUCCGCGUGUAGCGACGACGUGCUCGGCCAGCAGCUCUUUGCCGCCGGCCUGUUCAGUCUCCCGUCAUCGUCGUUUUCGUCUUCGCUCUCCAGCCGCUUGCAUUCCGCCGAUUCGAUGGAUCUUUUGCUGCUUCGCGACCGCACGAGGCACAGCAUUGUCCUCCGACGCAUUGGAUCGGUCCCCAAUGUAUCCUCUUCGCCGACCGAAUUGCAAGUUUUCUUCAACCUCCAACCACAAAAUCUGAGCUCAAGCUUGUGCAUCCACACGCGUCGACACGCUGAUGCCAUUGCAUCUUGA